UGGAGACGGACACGGCGGCGCCAUGGAGCCGGUGCCCUCUGCCCGUGUGGAGCUGCAGUCCUCGCUCCUCGUCAACGUCUCGGACGCCUUCCCCAGCGCCUUCCCCAGCGCGGGUGCCAAUGCGUCGGGGUCGCCGGGCUCUCGGAGUGCCUCGUCCCUCGCCCUGGCCAUCGCCAUCACCGCGCUCUACUCGGCUGUGUGCGCCGUGGGGCUGCUGGGCAACGUGCUCGUCAUGUUUGGCAUCGUCCGGUACACCAAGUUGAAGACUGCCACCAACAUCUACAUCUUCAAUCUGGCCUUGGCUGAUGCACUGGCCACCAGCACACUGCCCUUCCAGAGUGCCAAGUACUUGAUGGAGACGUGGCCGUUCGGAGAGCUGCUGUGUAAGGCCGUGCUCUCCAUCGACUACUACAACAUGUUUACUAGUAUCUUCACACUCACGAUGAUGAGCGUGGACCGCUACAUUGCCGUCUGCCAUCCAGUCAAGGCCCUGGACUUCCGGACACCAGCCAAGGCCAAGCUGAUCAACAUAUGCAUCUGGGUCUUGGCUUCGGGUGUCGGGGUCCCCAUCAUGGUCAUGGCAGUGACCCAACCCCGGGAUGGAGCAGUGGUAUGCAUGCUCCAGUUCCCCAGCCCCAGCUGGUACUGGGACACUGUGACCAAGAUCUGUGUGUUCCUCUUCGCCUUCGUGGUGCCGAUCCUCAUCAUCACGGUGUGCUAUGGGCUCAUGCUGCUGCGCCUGCGCAGUGUGCGCCUGCUGUCCGGCUCCAAGGAGAAGGACCGCAGCCUGCGGCGCAUCACGCGCAUGGUGCUGGUGGUGGUGGGCGCCUUCGUGGUGUGCUGGGCGCCCAUCCACAUCUUCGUCAUCGUCUGGACGCUGGUGGACAUCAAUCGGCGCGACCCACUUGUGGUGGCCGCGCUGCACCUGUGCAUUGCGCUGGGCUACGCCAACAGCAGCCUCAACCCGGUUCUCUACGCCUUCCUGGACGAGAACUUCAAGCGCUGCUUCCGCCAGCUCUGUCGCUCACCCUGUGGCCGUCAAGAACCCGGCAGCCUCCGCCGUCCCCGCCAGGCCACCACUCGUGAACGUGUCACCGCCUGCACCCCCUCCGACGGCCCGGGUGGUGGCGCUGCCGCCUGACCUACCCGGCCCUCCCCUUAAGCGCCCCUCCCAAAUGAAAUGAUCCAGCGGCCACACCGAGCUCCCUGGGAAGCCCUGGCCACCAUAGGGACAGCUAGAAUAGGGCCUGCACACAGGGGAGGCCUCCCUUAGGGGCGGGACCUGAGGGAUCAAAGGCUUCCUGUUGGAAGGGUGAGGGUUGGGGCGGGGGAGGGGGGGGCCAGAGCUGGUGACGGCAGACAAUGACACCUGGACAUUAGUAAGGCCUCUCCAAUGGGACAAAGAUAACAUCUUGGGAUAGCACCGGGGUCUGGCCUUUUGAGCACCCAGCUCCAGUCCAAGACCCGGGGAUUUCAGCUCCAGGAACCAGGAGGGGCAGUGAUGGGGUCGAUGACUUGGUCUGGCUGGGGAGGUGAGGGGACAGGGCAGUCGGGCAAGGCAGCUUGGGGUUGGGUCAAGAGAUGAGCGCCCUCUUCCCCUGGGGGGUGGUGCGGGGGACGGUCAACUCUGGAGAAGAGUCAAAGUUCUAACCACAUUCUAACUACCUAACUACCAUACUCGCUGAGGCUAGGUCCAAUGUGACUUCUCUGUAGAGAGAACACAAGUUCUGCUUGAUGGGGCAGGCCUGUGUUAUCCCAGUCCUGCUGGAAGCCAAGGCUGGAAAGUUAAGGACCAGCAGCCUGG